AUGUCAUCGUCAUCGUUCUCUCAAAUACGAUCUCAGGCGUUGAGUCUUGAGAAACAAACAGAAUCGUUGUUGUCCAAGUACUCGCAGUAUCAACAAUCCUCUUCACAGUCAUUGGAAAGCACCGAGGAUGAACUGCAUACUAAGCAACAAAUCAACGAUAUACUUGGCAAACGUACAACAAUAAUAAACAAGUUGAACCGUAUAAGCGAAUCUUCUAUAAACGAAUCCUCGUUAUCUACAUCCAAGCUUCAGCAAAUUUCACGACAUCGGGAAAUUCUUCAAGACCAUUGGCGUGCGUUUAAUAGAAUAACUUCACAAUUAACCGAUGAGCGAAAUAGAAACAAUUUGCUCUUUUCAGUACAAUCGGAUAUUUCCUAUCAUAAACAGCAGCACCAGCGUCGACCAGGACAAGCUGGUUCGACAGAAAUCAAUGAUGACCCAAAUGCCUACAUCUUGGAAGAAAGUCAACGUGCAGACAAUGUAAACUCGAUAGCUGACAGGUUAUUACAAGGAGCAAUGAAUACAAGAGACGAGUUGAUAAACCAACGACAAUUUUUGCAAAAUGCUCAAGUGAGAAUAAUGUCUAGCUUACAAGGAGUGCCCGGUAUUAAUGUAUUGAUUUCAAAAAUCAAUACUCGAAGGAAAAGAGAUACCUUGAUUUUGGCUAGUGUCAUUGCCAUUUGUAUAGUGCUUUUAUUCUUUGUAUAA